AUGUGCGCUUUAAAGUUGGUUCCUCCAGAAGGUCUCUAUAAGCAGUCGCCAUGGUCAUCAGAGGCCUCGUUAUCUACUAUUACAGCGGUAGAGAACACAUACUCUACUCUCUCGCCUCUCACACACGCAGCCAAGGAACGAGAGCUACGCAACCCACUUGAUAUCGUGUGGGCUAAGACUGAUGAACUGGAUGACAACGGGCAGGAACCCUUUUCUACGUUCAAGUACAAGAUAAAUCAGCUUGUGGUAGAGCUAUUCCCAAGUCUGGAGGCAUCUGCGCAGCUGAUGAUCGAAGAAGUAGGGUCAGGCGCCUUCAAUCGCGUGAUAGGGGUGUCGAUUCUGCCAUCCAAGAAGCAUCGAGAUUCUGCAUUGUCAUUUGCUUAUAGUUUCUACAAACUCCUUCGUACUUCAACACCGCAGGAUUACGUUGUCCGUCUCCCGCUGGAUGGACGCGAUCAGCUUUCAGGUUUAAUUAGCGACAUGACACGCGAUGUUGCAAUCCUGCAAGUUGUUAGCUCUCGACUUACCAUACCAGUACCUAAAGUGAUCAGCUACGAGUUGAAUGAGAAUAACGCUCUACAAAGACCGUAUGUACUUCAAAAUCGUCUACGCGGGCAAAGUCUACGAAUCCUCAUGAGAACACUAAACACUCAGCAGAUGGUGUCCGCGGUAGAGCAGAUCACGAAAAUCAUCGAAAAAAUUGCAGCAGUCACUGCACCGGCAGCUGGUUUUAUAUCCAUCCAGAAUCUCGAAUUUCCUAGCGCAUCGCAUAUCCACAUCAGACAGUACCCGGUUCCAACUGACCAACUGGCUGCGAGGUUUCCUGGCUUCAAUCAGGUAGACGAACAGCUAGCAUCACCCCAGACGCCGUUUGAGUAUUUAGUAGAUCAUUGUCAGCGCUGGCACAGAUAUGAGGAGUCCAUCGAUCACCACGAAAACAAGGCUCUCUGGACUCAACUCGUCGCUAUUGGGCGCUCCCUCAGCCGUCGCGGAUGGUUAGGCGACCGCUUCCACCUCGUUCAUGACGACCUCUAUCCGCGCAACAUCCUCGCCAUUGUCACUUCUCCCACUACGGUAGAAGUUACGGGGAUCGUGGAUUGGGACAUGUCCUUCUUUGCUCCGAAGUUUGUCGCUUUCCGCCCACCCUACUGGGCAUGGAUGGGGUCUCAUUCUAGCGAGCGAGAUGAAGACAAUGCUAUAGAAGAGCCAGAGUAUGAGGAAGGCAUUCUGCUCAAGAACACGUUUAAAUUGGUGGCAUCUGAAGAGUUCGUCGGUUUUGCGCUUUCGCCAGAGGGUGUCCUUGCCCGAAAGCUCUUCUAUAUCUUGGAAGGUGGCAUGUUGACCAAAGGUAGACGGAUCUUGGCUACUGAGCUGGUUCGCCAGUGGGAUUAUCUAUAUCCUACCGAUAAGCUUUGCCAGUUCAAUGCAGUGUAG